GAUACGGCAAGGCGGUCAAACGUGGCGGAAUGGAGGGUGUCUAAUGCAGUGACUCGGCCAGUUUUAUAUAAAUUCUGACCGGACCGGCCUGGAAAUAGAGCCGUUGCGGGCAAAAGGAUGCUGUGCCAGUUGUGACGUACCGCGUAAACGUCCUACAUAAGAUGGCCACUACGGAAAUGUCUGCAGAUAGGCAGGUCGACAACCUGAUCCGGAGACGGAUUGCGGAGCUCGAAGAGACACCCUUUGCGCCCCAGGCGGACCUGCCGUUCAUUGUGGCGGACGGCACCAAACUCCGACGACAGCACCACCAGUGGAUGCAAUUCCUUCCUCGGAUUCAACCUUUCUACGCCGUGAAAUGCAAUCCGGACGUCCAUCUCCUCCGGUUCUUAGCUGACCUGGGACUCGGAUUCGACUGUGCCUCCCUGUCCGAGAUCCAGCUGGUGCUUGGCCUAGGGGUCGACCCGUCGCGCAUCAUCUUUAGCCAUCCCUGCAAGGCCGUUUCGACACUGCAAAUGGCUUCCAGUCGUGGUGUCACGUUGGCUACAUUUGAUAACUCGGAUGAGCUGGACAAGAUCAAGAACGUCAGCCCUUCUAUGCGCCUGCUGCUCCGAAUCUACGCCCAGGAUGAUACCGCACGGGUCAGCUUGGGCAAGAAGUUUGGAGCUGCGCCGCUCGCCACCCAUUCACUACUGUCGAAAGCUCGUGCCCUUGGCCUGAAGGUGGUGGGCAUUAGCUUUCACAUUGGCUCUGCGGCAUCGGAACCAAACGCUUUUCCGAUAGCAGUCAGAGACGCCCGACGAGCCUUUGAUCAAGGGAGGGAUAUGGGCUUCGAUAUGACUAUCCUAGAUGUCGGAGGCGGCUUCCAAGACUCCAACUUUGACUUGAUGGCGCCCACUCUGCGCGUCGCUGUCGAGGAGGAGUUUCCAAGUAGGCACGUCCGCAUCAUCGCCGAACCUGGCCGGUUCUACGCCCGCAGCUACUACACGCUUGCUUCCAAGGUCAUCUCCCGACGUAACCACAGCAGUGGCGCCGGCUUUUCCCAGGUCGGCAUGUUGUACCAGAACGACGGAAUCUAUGGGUGCUUCAUGAACAAGGUGACGGAAGACGAGGCGUUCGUGCCGACGCUAAUUUCCGUGGACAAAGGUCAUGGUGUCCCGAGGGGCCAAGGGAAGCAUUGUUAUUCUGUCUGGGGCCCGACGUGCGACAGCGUUGACUGUAUUACUGACCGCGCGACGCUGCAUUCCGAGGCCUUGGUCGGAGAUUGGUUGAAGUACGAAAACAUGGGAUCAUACUCUGCGGCGUCGGCGACAUCCUUCAAUGGAUUUCCUAACACGUACGAGAUUUUUUACGUGAACCACAGGAUGCUUUCGAGGAAGGAGACUUAG